AUGGGAAAAGCUAACAAAGCUACCAAGAAGUUUAAUAAGAAUCAUUUAAAGGACACUUUGCAGCGAAGAAGACAAUUGGCGAAGGAGAAGAGAAGCCAUGAAUCAAAAACGAAGAAAUCUCCAACAACUCAAGAGGAAAAGUCGAUUUCAGAUGAUCCCAACAAGCGAUUUCAAAGGGAGGAUGUGUCUGAAUUUUACGCCAAGUUAGAUCCGUCGAAGGCAGCCUCCCGGAAAAGUGGAGAUUUAGUGAAAGAGCAUGAUCAUGCGCCAUUAGGCAAUGAUAAAGCUCAGGAGUCUGAAGAUGGUCUUUUAAGAUAUUCAGGAAAAGAAUUGGAAGCAGCCAUAGCAUUCUGUCGGAAGUUGUCUGGUACUGAACAGCCUGAUUCUCUGAUUUCGAAUUUACCUGAGGAAUUGAAUAAGAAACUGACAGAGAUGGACUUUGAUCAGCGUUCUAGCUUUUUACAAGAUUGUCGUAAGAGCUUUGCUAGCCUCCUGAUGAAUGAGGUUUUAUCUUCUGGAGGCGAUAUACAAGUUCUGUCGUCUGUCGAGGAAGUUAUUUCGCACAUCAAAAAUUUUUCCUCUUUUCCACCUGGUUUUAUUGCGAAAGCUUGUCAAAUUUUCAUUUCUUAUCCAGAUGCUCGCGAACAAAUUCAGGCGAUCAUAAAUAAUGUCUGUAAAGCUAGUCCUUCAUUAAUAGUGACAACAUUCCAACACUUCUAUGUUCAAUUGCUAUCCUUCUUUAAGUCGUCGCCGAAUCAAAGUGGAAAUUUAGAUACUGUUGAGGAAAUGCAAUUGUUUCUAAUUGAACUGUUAUCCUUAAGUCCUGACACCUGCAAAAAGAUAUUCUUAAGCUACACGGAUCAACUAAACGUUCAUUUGCAGAAUUGUUUAAAGCAGGCUGAUAAUGUCGAUGCCCAUAAAUUAAUUUACAACUGGCAGUUCAGUUUGUCCCUACAGUUUUGGUCUGAGGUAGUAUGUCUUUUAUGGGAAGAUUUACAAAUUAUUUGCAAAGAGAUCUCUCCUCAGUUAAUUAAUCUUAUUUUAGAUACCAUGAGACUUAUUCCAACAGAACAAUAUUAUCCCCUGAGGCUGCGUCUUCUUUCUUCACUAGUUCGGAUUUGUCGAAGCACUCAUCUCUAUAUUCCCUUGUCUUCACAGUUUGUUGAAAUGGCUCCUUUCUUUUUAAAGAAGAGCCGUAACUUAACCCGUGGUGAGGAUUCGGCGUAUAGCUUCGACGUUUUAACGACAUUACAUAUCCCUAAGGAAUGUCUAGCUUCCCAAUCCUAUCGCAAGAAUCUUAGGAAAACAUACCUUUCAAUGAUGACGGAAUAUUAUGCAACGUUUUCCAAUUCAAUCGCUUUCCCUGAAUUAGUUGUUCCAGUCAUUAGUCAGUUACGAAUUUUUGUUUCUCGUUACCCUUUUGAAAAUAGUAUAUCCCAGUUUUUGCAAAAAUUAGAGGAUACAUAUUCGUUCAUUCAACAGAAACGUUUAAAUAUUGAGUUUACUCAGAAAGAUCAUUCACAAGUAAUUGCUUUUGAGCGGGAUCUUGACUGGCGAAGCACACCUAUUGGCAAAUCCGUUAAAUAA